CAACUCAUCUCCACCUCGGUGCCUAUUAUAAACUCGAACAUCGAAAUCCCAACACUGCAGCAGUGAAUUCUAGUCCUGUCACGGACAUUAAUAGUCUAUCAAUCAUACUGGCGAACUUCCUUUGGAAAAAGUCCUCCCCGGCAGAGGCACCAAAACAAGCUCCUCGAGUCAUUAUGAGCCACCCCUCGCCUCCCCCUGCUUUAACACCACAAUUCUGCUUCUCGACUGUCGCGUUAAGAGACUUUCUACGGAUAUCAAGAGGAGCAAUCGACGACAGUAUAACACAGAAUCUCAAUGCCCUCAUAACACCCGCCUCCGCGGGCUUCGAUCCUUCAUCCACAUCGAUCCGAACCCCUAGACCGCCAAACUUGAGGCGAAUAUCUCAAUCUUCAUGUCAUACUUUUAAGAACCAAGUUCUGUUUCCGUCAUGGCAGGUUCGUUCCGAUGUGCUGAAUUAUUGCGCCUCUGUUGCCACAAGUCCAGAUCCAGACGACCCCGAGUCGGUAUUACGGCAAGUAGAGAAUGAGAGAGAUAGAGAGCGAUUAGUGGAUGAGAGAUUAGAUCCAUAUUCGGCACGAUUCUUUCCUAGAGAAGCCAGGACGGAGAAACUUGCUGCCAUUAUCAGACAGGAGAGAGGGGUAGAGAAUAUCAUAAGGGCUCGGAGUUGGGGGUUAGUAACGGAGAGGUGUGGUGAAGACUGGAGAGAUUGGGAAGAAGCUUUGAAUGAGUGGAGGAAAAAGAGAGAGAGAUGAUGCAUCGAUACCGCUGUUGUAUGAUUAUGAUUUAUGGGCGGACAUUGGGAGGC